UCCAACAGCGCCGCCGUUUGCAGAAGGAAGUUCCUUACGCUGCAGCACUUCCGAUUUCAAGAUGGUCGCCCGAGCUAUUUAAGUGAGACCUCCUCCACCUUUCUGCGUUUGUGUGUGUUUUUAAAAGCUGGGUAUGACGCACUAAAGGGCCCGACGGAAAUAGAACUAAAGGGGUUCUAAAAUGGCGAACCGCACAGUGAAGGAUGCGCACAGCAUCCACGGCACCAACCCUCAGUACCUGGUGGAGAAGAUCAUUCGGACUCGAAUCUAUGAAUCCAAGUACUGGAAGGAGGAGUGCUUUGGGCUGACGGCUGAACUCGUAGUGGACAAAGCCAUGGAGUUAAGGUUUGUGGGUGGCGUCUAUGGUGGCAACAUAAAGCCAACACCCUUCCUGUGUUUGACAUUAAAGAUGCUUCAGAUUCAACCGGAGAAGGAUAUCAUUGUUGAGUUUAUAAAAAAUGAAGACUUCAAGUAUGUUCGCAUGUUGGGAGCACUUUACAUGAGACUGACAGGCACUGCAAUUGAUUGCUACAAGUACUUGGAGCCUCUGUACAACGACUAUAGGAAAAUUAAGAGCCAGAAUCGAAAUGGGGAGUUUGAACUGAUGCAUGUAGAUGAGUUCAUUGAUGAACUACUGCACAGUGAGAGAGUCUGUGAUAUCAUUUUGCCCCGGCUACAGAAACGCUACGUGCUAGAGGAAGCUGAGCAAUUGGAGCCUCGGGUUAGCGCUCUAGAAGAGGACAUGGAUGAUGUAGAGUCCAGUGAAGAGGAGGAAGAGGAAGAUGAGAAGUUGGAGAGAGUACCAUCACCUGAUCACCGCCGGAGAAGCUACCGAGACUUGGAUAAGCCCCGUCGCUCCCCCACACUGCGCUACAGGAGAAGUAGGAGCCGGUCUCCCAGAAGGCGGAGUCGGUCUCCCAAAAGGAGGAGCCCCUCCCCACGCCGAGAAAGGCAUCGGAGCAAGAGUCCACGACGUCACCGGAGCAGGUCCCGAGACAGACGGCACAGAUCCCGCUCCAAGUCCCCAGGUCAUCACCGCAGUCACAGACAUAGGAGCCACUCAAAAUCUCCUGAAAGAUCUAAGAAAAGCCACAAGAAGAGCCGGAGAGGGAAUGAGUAAUGGACUCAGUUUGGGUUUAGUCCAAAUGGCCUACUGCAGACAUGAAAGCAUCUCUGCAUGUAGAAUGAUUAUGAUCUACUCCCGAGGCAGCUAUGAGAAUAUUUUAAUUUUUUUUUUUUUACCUAAAAGUGUCUCCACCUUUUUUUUUUUUAAUGAAAGAGGUGCUGAGUUUUGUAUCUCUUUUUUAAUACUAUUCCAUGUUUGAGGGAUUAUGCUCCCCAAGGGCUGCUUUUGACCCCUUUGUACAACCAACAUUGAGGAUUUGAGGAUGUGACCACCUAGUGAUCCUUUUGUUAUUAAAUUUAAAACACCCAUUUUCCAUCAUUCUGUAGUUUAGUUUUUUGUUUGCUUCAUAAUUGGAACUGUUCUGAGACUCCUAAGAUUUGUGCAGCUGUUGCAUUGAAAGGUCAAGUUAGUAAAACAUAUUAGUGCCAAAUUUUUUUCUCCAGCAGUAGCAAGUGACAGUAAACAUGAAAACCGACCCAUUACCAGCAACUUUGUACGGAAAGAAUGCAAAUGUAAGUCUUCUUAUGGACUGUUUAACCCAGAGGCAUUGAACAGUUCAACAAAGUAAUUUAACACCUUUUAAGAGUAUUCUUUCCGUGUUUCUUCCACAUAAGCCUUGAAUUCUAGGUUAAGAUGCUUAGCCUUUAUUCUACAAGAACUGACAUUAUUCUAGUCUAGCCAGUAGCAGUAGGUCAACAAAAUUGAAAAGGUUUGUUGGAGAGAAGAGUAAUACCACUCAGGGUUCUGACCUGAAUUGUUGGAAAAUAGUGCUAUUCACAAAGCCAGAAAAUACAGUUGGAGUAUACCAGGUUUUAUAGGGGCAAUUAGUGAGAGUUGUAGUAGGGAAAGUACGUAUUCAGUUCAACUUAAAAGUUUAAUUUGAGACAGCUGUGGUAUAUCUAAACAAACCUCGACAGUUGGAAAUAGGGAAUGGAGUUGAGCAUAGUGAUCUAGCCAUUAAUUGACAAUGUUGAGGUAAUUGUGGAUGUGUAGAAUUGAACAGAUUGCCCAGGGAUUGUGUGUUUAUGUAGGAAAAGCCAGUAACAAUCAUAGGCAGGAGCAGCACUGGUGAGAAGAAGAAAUGCAAUCAUGAUGGAAUAGUGAAAUGAACCAUUCAGAAAGAAUUAGAAGAGGUAUAAGGACACAGAAGCAAAGUAAGAACUGAAGAAUGUUCAUGAGCACUGGUAAUCAAAAGGGUGUCAGUAUCUUUGCUAGAAAAAGUUGCGUUUACCUGUAUGUUACCUUUCCUCCUUUAAAAAUGGAAAAGUGAUUCAAUGGUUUCCUACAGCUCUGGUCCCAGCAAAAAUUGUGAAUACCAACUGCCUCAUACAGGAUGGAUCCACUUUCCCAGGGAGCUGUAUCUGGCCACAGGAUUCACAUUCUAUUGCUUGCCUGAACCGAGGGAUUUUUGCAGCAAUAUUAAAGUAUUUAGGCAUCAUGCUGUGAUUUCAGAUUUUCCAGUGAUUCUAACUCCUGAUGAUACUUCAGCUAAUAAAAGUUGUCCACCAGAGCUACUAUGGUUUAUGGUACAACUAUAUGUGACUGUCUUUAAAAAUUAAAUAUAAGCACCUCUAUUUGCAUCUGUUCGAGUCCCAGCAGCUAUUUCUUACCAGUGAUUUAAGUAGAAAGAAAUGUCUUGGCUACAUAACCUAUGGAGCAACCAAGUCAUCCAGUAUAUUGUUAAAAUAUUUAAAGUUCACUUUAAAAUGAAAAUUUUUCAUGUGUCUUAAAAGAAAGCCAACAAUUUUUAAUACCAAAAUAAACUUCCCCAAACAUAAAAUGAAAGCAUACUUAUUAGGCAUUGGGGCAGCACAGCCAACCUGUAGCAGGAAGCAGAUUGUCCUUAUCCUCUUGUUAGUACAAAGACAACAGUAGGUGGGAUGUGAUGAACAUCUGGAGAUUGUUUUGAUAAAUUACAGGUUUGUAGAAGAGAUGGAGUUUGCUGAAGGGCCAUUCUGUCAUCUAUCUACUAGGUUAGCCUAGUAAAUGAGGCCUUGAAACUAGCUUUAUGGCUUCAACCUUCGGCCUAUAAAACAUUUUCAUAUCUUAUAAGGAAAAAAUUUUUAUACCUUAAGACAAAAUGCAUUCUGGUGUUUUCUAUAUAGUAUCACUUUUUAAUGUUGGGUACAGACUGCUAAAUUGAAUUUACUUCCCACAAUUUGAACUACACUGCCUUAAAAGCUUAGCCAUUGGGCAAAAUGACUUGUAAAUACUAAAACACGAAGGGACAAAAUUGUUCUGAGAGGCUUAUGACAUAACAAUCCAAGUUAAGCCUCAUUCUUCCUAGCCCCUUUAUAUUAUUAUUUUCAGCAGACCUAAAUUUAAAUAAGCAUUAAUCAGAAAACAAAGAUCAGAAGUGCUGGUCAUCCCUCAAAAGGUUAAAGUAACAAGUUCACAGACUCAAAAACCAUAUAACAAAAUAAUCUGUUUCAAGAGCAAAUAUAAAAAUUCAGACAUUAAAAAGAUAAGAGAUGGGAAGUUAGCUUGGCAGAGUAUAAAAUGAAGAUGUGAAAAACUGGAAAAAUGAAACCUUGGAAAACAAAAUGUAAGCAAGGCAUUGAGAAAAUAGGCUGGAGAAAAUUAAAAAUGGAGAAUAAGAGCAGAGAUAAAAAAAAUCCUGCAUUGUAUAAUUGACAUUCCUGAUGAGAACUGUUAGCAAAUCAAACUUUUAAAAAUUCAAAUAGAAAAAAUUCCUGAAACAAUAAAAACCUAUCAAGAAAUAUCCUGGUGCGUUUAAGAGAAAAUAUCAAAUCAUUCAUAGGGAAAAAUCAAGGUCUCAGAUCUUACAGCAUACUUCAUGGGGCAGUGACUGUGCCAGGAAUUUUAUACCCAACCCAAGUUGUCUUUAAAAUAUAAAGGGAGCAGACAUUCUCAAGGAUGCAAAAACUUAAAAGUUACUUUAGAAAGAACUGUGUGACCUAUGAAAUUAGCCGAGCAAGAAAUGAAUCAAAUUAAGGACCUAGGAAAAAAGUAGUAGUAAAAGGAGUGGUAGUGAAUAUUGCAGAAACUUCCAAUAAAUACGAGAAAUGGUUUAGUAUUUGAACAUUGUCUAUAUAGGAAUAAUACAGCCAGGAAGGAGAGAAACUCUAAGUGUGCUAGUUUCAUUUCUCAUAAUAGGAGUCAUAUAUACUGUCUAAUUAAAAUAAUUGUCCUCAAUUUUCAGAGGAAACUUAGAACUAGGAUCUCAUAGAAAAUUUUAAAGUUGAACAUUUUGUCACCUUCAUAUUUUUCUUGUUAAAUCCAAGUAAAAUUAAUUUGCUAUAUUUACUCAAUACAACACAUGAGCCUGCUUUUUAAUACUGUAUACAUAUGUCUAUGUUUAAGAGAGAUGGCUAGAAUGAAUAAAAUUCUCCAGAUAAUAGUAUUUAU